AUGACGCAUUCAUUCGAUCCAGCAGUAUUUGAACAUGAACUAUAUUCUAUCUAUCAUUCGAGACUACCGGUCUCUGCCUCAAAGAUAAUCACCCUUCAAGACUUGGCAAUGGCUCAUGCACAGCACAGUACUUCCAUCAUAAGAUCUAUUAUCAAAUUCAUGAAGAAAUCUCAUCCUGAAUACAGACUAUCUGGAUUCUACGUAAUCAAUGCUAUCUCAAGAAUGGCUGCCAAGAUGGCUCGCAAAGAUCCAAGCAGGAGAGAAGGACUUGAGAAUUAUCUCAAGUCAUUCUCAAUUCUUUUUAGAAAUGAUGUAUUCAAAGGUGCUUUUAGUAAUUGCACGACCACCGAAAAGGAAAAGGUGAUUAAAGUCUUGGAUAUUUGGAACGAGACAAAGAUAUACCAUCCAGAUGAUAUUGCACACCUCAAGCAAACGCUGUUUCACAAAAGUUCUUCCUUAAAUCCAAACAGGCCAUCCGAAUCAUCAGCCAAUAACUCUACGGCGGAUUCUAUGGUUACAUCACCAGUAAUCGAGAAACGCGCUCCACAGGCUAGUCCAGAAAAAAGGACGCUUUCAAUCUCACCUCCAAGAGGGGACGAAUCUGUCGAAUCUUCCGAACCAGUCUCCGUCGCAGUACCUUUAACUAUAGCCCAGCUUAUGAGCAAAUUGGCAGCCGCUCCAUCUGAAGCAACCGCAAAAUUACUUGCAGAGGCACUUCAACGGGCGCACUGGAAAAUGGAUAUCGAUUCAGCCAUAAACCCUGAAGAGACAGCAAUCCAACCCGAGACAUGGGAAAAAACGCCCAUAUCAGACCAUAUCGCUUCCCCGCCACACGCAUCUCAAUCAUCACAACCAUCAUCUUUACAGACCCACGAAGAAUAUGACUAUGACGGUCCAAAAACACCACCGAUCGAGGACGACGAGGACGAGAAUGACGAUCAUAAUGGUGGUGAUUAUGACGACAUUGAAGGACAAGGAGCGCACACAAUGCAAAUUGAAAUGCAGACGGAAGCACAAAACCAAGAAAACAAACACGUCAAUCAGUGUUACAAAAAUGAGUUUGGUAAUCAAGAGUCGUCGAUCCGCAGGAAUCAAAGAGAGUUCGAAAACAGUCCCCAGCAGAACCAUACCACUGGUCAUUUAGAAGCCAAUUCUGAAAAUUAUAUUGAGGCGCACGGCAGUAGAAUUAAACACGAAGAAGAUGACCAAGCUAUAAUCCCGAUGGAAAUAGACAAUGAUGGUCCAAAAACGCCGCCUUAUCUACCAGAAGAUGAUGAUAAAGAAGAUGCUGAAAAUGUCGAACACGAGGAACAGCAUCAUAUCCAAAAUACUUACAAAGAGUAUCCAGCUCAUCCAUCAUCGGCAUCAUAUGGUGUAGUGGAGAACAAUGGAGUCCAUGGUUUAACCCAUCCCCAAGAACAAAAUGUCAUAGAAAAGGACAGAAACCACAGUCAAUUGUUGGAUACUUCAAUUCAGGAACAGCCGAUACAACCCUCUGAUGCUGACAUACUUGCAAAAUGGACACCAAUGUACCCUAAAACAGCAGCACCUGUAGAGAAAGACACACGUACAUCCUGGUUGGACCUUCCCCAGUUUCAGGGGCGGCCCAAGGAACCAGCAGGGUCAUCUAUUCUUAGUCCAUCCUCCCAGCUUCGUACAUCUUCAUCAUUGUCGCCUUCUUAUGCUAGCUCGUUCUCCAAACAAAUCGAGUCAUUCGUGGAAAGUUGCUUUGAAAGGAAUGCUAGUGACUCGCCUAAACCUUAUCCAAUAUAUCCAGGCAUAGACACUCUUGGUAUCCAAAGUCAUUUGAGAAUGUCGCCUUCUGUUCAGCAAUCAAGUCCAACAAAAGAUGUCGACGCAUCUGUCAUCCCAGAGCCUCCGAUUGCAGCGAUUCCAAGCAGCAGCAUUAGUAGCAGCCGAACCAACAACAACAUCAGCAGCACCAGCGGCACCCGCAGCACCCGCGGCAUCAGUGGCAUCAGUGGCAUCAGUGGCAUCAGUGGCAUCCGCGGCAUCCGCGGCAUCAGUGGCAUCAAUGGAAUCGGUGGUAACAGUGGCAUCAGUGGCACCAGCGGUUCAAACACUUUGGACCAAUCUGCCCUUUUACUCGAGCCGUUGAUUCUCCCCGAAUCAACGACUACUGAUAUUGAUAACCAUAGACAGAAAAACUCUGAACUACCACCCACUGGACCAAGAGCGUUUCUGAAGAGAGGUGCCUUACAAACUCCCAUCGUUCCCGAGCAAUUUCAUAAAGCAUCUUCAAAGGUGAAUGCUUCAAAACCCAAAAAUAAGCCUGCUAAACCAAAAAACAAGCCUGCUAAACCUGUGAAAAAGAGGCUUCCAGUCGUCUCAAGGACAGUUUUCGUAAGACCUCUUGCAACAACUACAUCUAAAGAAGAUCUCCGAAAGGCUAUGGAGAAAUACGGAGUAGUGACAUCUCUCACGACCGUCAAGGCUAAAGGCACGAUAAUAAGUGGAUUUGUACGAUACUCGAGACGUGAAGAAGCUGUCAAGGCUGUCAACUCAAAAGUCGAAACAGGUCCUAAUGGUGAGAAAGUCAAACUUAGCUGGGCUCGUACGUUUGGACCUUCCCGUGGUGUUGUAGAUGCCACAAAUGGUAUCUCCAUUGUAGAACUCGAGAAUGUCCAACGCGACGAAAUGCAUGCCUUGCGAAAUUCAGAUAUAGGCGGGUUUGGCACUCAUAUUGUCCGGGAUCAAUAUGUAGUCGAAGAACCCGAGACAAACUAUAUAUACAAGGGUCCACAUAAUACCGAGCCCCCCAGUUCUUUGAGAAGUAGACUUGGCCGCAUAAAUCGAAGCAGGAGUAGAAGCAGGAGCAGGAGCACAAACAGAAGCACAAGCACAAACAGAAGCAGAAACAGGAGUAGAAGCACAAGUAGAGAUAUAAUUGCUGACACAAGUCCAAACAUUAACAUUAGCAGAACCAGAAGUCGAGUCAGGGCAUGUAGCCCAUCAUCUCAGCCGCGGGAGGGUCUCAGUGAUAAGCUUGAAUAUAACAGAAACCUAAGCUCAGAACGAUAUCUGAUGCACAGUCCAAAUUCAUAUCACAGCCGAGAUCGUAGUCCACCAUCAAGUUAUGGCGUUAGAUCCAUGCGAAGAUCCCGUUCUCCGAGAUCUCGCUCUCCAAGAAGACGUCCAAGAUCUCGCUCACCAAGAUCUCGCUCCCCAAGAAGGCGGCCACCGAGGAGACGUCCUAUCUCUCCUUAUUACGAGAAGAAUCCAAUCAAAAAACCUGUAAAUUAAGAUACAAUAAAAUGGUGCUGGGCAUUACAUAAUAAUAAUUAAUAAUAAAGAUAAUAUAAUAACAAGAG